CAGCGAUCUCUCUCUCUUCCCUCUCUCUGUAUAAUCUUCUUCCCCGUGAUCGAUUACUUACGGCAAUGGAGCGCACAGGAGGCAUUGAUCCUAAGUGUACACUGCACAUUCCUUCGGAUUUUUGCCCUGUAAAAACCAUUGCCGUCGCUGCCUUCUCCUCCUCUCCGAAUGAUCUGAACAAACAUCAUUUUUCAGAAUGUAGAAGAAAGGACACGAAUUCUGAUAUACUAAAGUCAGCUGAUUCUAUAGAGGCGGUGAAAGCCAGUGAUAUAACAUCACAAGGGGAACAAAUGCUUCAACUAGCUGAUUCUUCGGAAUUAGAUAUUGUUGACACGGUUAAUGCACGCAAAAGUUUGGCUUGGGAUAGUGCUUUCUUUGACAGUGCAGGUAUUUUAGACGAGGAGGAAUUGUCCAACAUGAUUGACGGAGUAUGUAGAAACAGACAGAAUUGUAUGCCUGUUAAUAACAAAAAUGUACACCGUUCUUAUGACACAAUCUCCUCGUUGGAAAGGAUUGAAGCAGAGUUGUUUACUGACAUUAGAGCUUCAACUCAGAAAUUUGUCAAAGAACCUAACUUGGGAAAUUUUAGUGGAAAAACUGCAGUAGAGGAUAGAGGGACCAAAAUCGCCAAUUCUUCAAAGAAGACAGAUACCAUAUCCAGGGACAGGCCAAAAUCCAUUCUCAAGAAAGAAUCUGAAUCUCAGCAAACAAAAAGGCUGGGCUCUCGACAUGUGUCAACAGUGCAGACUGUGGCAUCCAUUCAUAGGGUACCAAUAACAACCGGAAGGACUAAUCCGAUCUCAACACCAUCAAGAAGUGUUUCAAAUGCAAAUUUAAGUAGACUUGAUCCCAAAAAAUCAAAAGAUACAGGUAAACUCGGUGUUUCAACUAAGCCUGUACUAAUAUCAAGAUCCGAUUCCGUGUCUUCCUCUCCACUAAUCAAGAAAACCAGUUCUGCUUCUGGAAAUGUUACUAAUUCUAUCGAUGCAGGAAGAAAAGCCAGUUCCACAACAGUCAAUCAGCAAAGAAAUCCAUCGAAUAUAAUAACAAAACGCCACAUUGAUCUGAAAUCUUACAUGAUGCUCACUACUAAGCUGUCUCCUACAAAAUCCUCAGCUAGUUCUAUAAGCGACACGUCAUCAGAAUCAUAUUUAUCAACUCCUGCUUUGAACAACAAAAUCAACAGACGGUCAAAUGAAUCGAGUAACUCCAAAGCUACUACCAGUCCUCGAUCCUACAAAGGCGUGGUACAGAGCAAAGUGGGACGCAGUUUGAAUUUCAUGUCAAAAUCAAAUGAUCGGUUAUUGGGCAGUGUACGAAGCUUAACUAAAGCAAUAACAAGUCAAGAUUUAAAGAAAGGAGAACCGAACAAGGCGAAAUCUGUAAACCUGUCAUCAUCAUCUAAUUCGGUUGGAGCUAGAGUUUCCAGCGUGAAUAGAGGAUCGUCGCCGCAAAUUACAAAGGGGAGAGUGGGAACCGGGGCGAUAAAGGGAUCGGAUUCACGAUGGAUGUAA